GACUUGAUACUUCAGUUUGCGGUUCACUGUGGAAACCGUAGGGCGAACACGCUCGGCUCUAUCGGACGAACCGUUGAGCCACGGAACGCCGCGCGUAUCCAGUUUGCGCUGACAUUACCGUCACACGUUAAACUCCCGCAACUGUGCUCACCGCCGACAGCGGACGUUCAGUAAACCCGGUGAAGCCCAGAAGUUGCCCGUUUCUUUCCAAGCGCCACUCUUCCAUGCGAGGAUGUGAAUUUCCACGAGAGGAUCCAGAGUCGUGCCAUGGUUUUGACCCGCGCGCUCCUCACAGACAUGGGUCGCUCCGUAUCUACGGGUACAUGAAUCUGAGUUCCAGCGGCCAGAUGCCUGAGAUGGAAGAAGUAGAUACCAAUGAGAGCAACGGGUUGGCGAAGAGGAUUGCUCUCAUCAGCUUCCUGUCACUGGUCAUGCUCAUGAGCGUCCUGGGCAACCUGCUGGUUAUGGUGGCCGUCUGCAAGGACCGGCAGCUCAGGAAAAUCAAAACCAACUACUUCAUCGUCUCGCUGGCAUUUGCUGACCUGCUGGUGUCAGUGCUGGUGAUGCCGUUUGGUGCCAUAGAAUUGAUCCAUCAGAACUGGAUCUAUGGUGAGACCUUCUGCCUGGUCCGCACCUCUCUGGACGUGCUGCUGACCACUGCCUCUAUCUUACACCUGUGCUGCAUAUCCCUUGACAGGUACUAUGCCAUCUGUUGCCAGCCGCUGGUUUACAGCAAUAAGAUGACACCGCUGAGAGUGGCUCUAAUGAUCGGAGGAUGCUGGAUUAUCCCAACCGUUAUUUCCUUCCUACCCAUAAUGCAAGGCUGGAACAGUAUUGGAAUAGAUGAUUUGAUAGAGAAGCGGAAGUUCUCUGGCAACUCCACAGUGUGUGUGUUUAUGGUGAACAAGCCAUAUGCGCUGACCUGCUCAGUCGUGGCCUUCUACGUACCGCUGAUCCUGAUGGUGCUGGCGUACCAGCGCAUCUACAUCACGGCGCGAGCACACGCUCGACAGAUCAGCAUGCUGCAGCGCGCCGGAGGAGCAGGGAAUGCGGAUAGCGCGGACCACCAACGCAACCACCGCAUGCGCACGGAGACCAAGGCGGCCAAGACUCUGUGCAUCAUCAUGGGCUGCUUCUGCCUGUGCUGGGCCCCUUUCUUCAUCACAAAUGUGGUGGACCCCUUCAUAGACUACAGUGUUCCUGAGCAGCUGUGGGCGGCCUGCCUCUGGCUGGGCUACAUCAACUCCAUGCUCAACCCCAUCCUUUAUGCCUUCCUCAACAAGUCCUUUCGCCGUGCCUUCCUCAUCAUCCUCUGCUGCGGACACAAGCGCUACCGCCGACCUUCCAUCCUGGGCCCUGUACCGACCUGCGCGGCCACGCAGAUCAACGGCUCCACACACGUCCUGAACGGCUGUUCCUCUGCCUCCAAACUGCUCCUCUGGUUCUGCAACACUAGGCCUGUUCCUGUCUAGUGCUGUGUGGGGAGUUUUCAAGUAUUCAGUUCUACACAAUGGAAAGCACAGUGAACAGGAGAAACUGUCGAUACAGAACGACACAGAGUCCCAGGAGUCAUGUUUCUGACACACGCCAGCCUCUAAUGAGGAGCAUGACUGGAAGGGGAUAUUUCUCACCGCCCUGCCUGCAGCUCAGACCCCACCAGAGCCUUUCAGGAGUCGAGGACAGGGAGCUGGACUCAACUGUUUGCUCAAAGAGCUGCUGAACAAUGAGGGAAAGAACAAUGUUGCCAAAGGUAUCUGGUCUGUAUUUUAGGAUACGAAUUUCGAUUGCAAAGGAGUGUUGGUAAGGGUUUUCCCAAUGUGUUUGUUUCUAUUUUGGUUCUCCUGGGAAUACGACUUCCAAACCAAAAAUAUGUCUUUCAAGCUUUAUCCAGAGUGGCUUCUAUUAGCUCUACAGGGAGGAUAACACUUCCUGAAAUGUACCGCACGAAGAAUGAAUAGCUAAGAUGACUCUCUAUUAAAAAAAUAUAUAUAUUUUUUUUUUAUAAAUGAAAAAGUAAAUUCACAAAUUCACACCACAGUAUUAAAAAGUAGAGCUGGGAGCAUUGCUGAGCGAUUUCUCAAAUUUUUUAUUAUUUUUAUUUUAUUUUAUUUUUUUAUUAUUAUUAUUGUUUCAUUAAUGAAUUCUAAAAUCAACAGUUAUAACAUAGCAUUGUCACAUGAAUUUAAAGUGUUAAGGACAACAGGCCUUUCCUUGUUUCCAAGACUAUUCCAGCAUCUAUUUGCACAUUUUUUUAAGUGCAACACAAGUAAUGUUGCAGAAUAUUUCUAUUAAUACAGCCUAUUUAACAAAUUUAUUGAAGCCCGCUUCUGC